UGCUUGCAGCCCCACAGCAACUCAUAGUUAAUUCUUAAUUCUGUAAUAAAUUUGGGGGUAUUUUUGCCUUUUUGCUAUAUCAUGGAAAUCAUGGGAUACAACCAAAGAGGAUAAAUUAGUUUAUCCUCUGAUACAACUAGACUUGCACUUGAUAUGUUGAUAAUUGUUACGUCACUAUAGGCACACAUACACAAUACAGACUAGUUUCAUAUUCAUAAAAUAAAAGUGAAUUGCGGACAACCUUCAGAAAAAUUCGUUGUGAAAUAGUGUCUUAAUCGUUUCAAAAUGUUGUUAUUACUCUUGAGAACGUCUGUUAGCGCAAACGAUAAUGAAUGUAUUCCAAAUGUUUUGGUUACUUUUUAAAAAAAUUAUUCGAUAUUAUUUUUAUGGCAAUUAUCAGGAUGUGCAACAGUAACAGUGUGAGUGAAAAUGAUAAAGUGUGUCCCUACGCCUUUAAAGCGUUUAAUUACGAAAAGAUUUUACCAAAUCCAAAUUCAAAAGUUCCUUUCCCAAGAAGUGGCCAUCGGAUAGGAGCCGAUUCAUCCAAUUUUUACUCAUUUGGAGGUUAUAAUCCCCUAGUAAGGGAUGAGGUGGAACACCACGAGGACGACGACUUUUGGGUGCAGUCUUAUCCCUUAUUUCAAGAACUGUGGAAAUUUAACUUUGCUUCAAGGCAGUGGACGCGAUUUAGAAACAGCCAGACGUUGCCAAUGGAAUUGGCAUCUAACGCUCUUGUUCUCCACCGGAAUAUCUUGAUGGUAUAUCUUUGUGUAUAUGGUGGAACUGGGUCACCUUUCGGAAUCAGAUGUAGCAACCAACUUUAUGUUUGUAAGGUAAAUGAUGAGAAUGGUCUCAUGGUUGAGGUGAAUACUACUGGACAGCUGCCUCUUCCUCUGUAUGGGCAAGCUUUAAUUUUUCACAAUGACUAUCUCUAUACAAUAGGGGGUACGACUGGUCUUUCUUACACAUGUGAUAUUCAUAGGUUAAACAUUAAAACUAUGAACUGGGAAAUAGUGUACAUUUGCAAUGGUCAGGGCGAAUACGAACCCAAGGGAAGGUACAGGCAUGAAGUGGGUUUCGAUGGGAAAAUUAUUUAUGUUCUGGGAGGGGGUACUACAGAAGAGGCCUACGACUUUCAAUGCAUACCUUCUUUCGAUGUAGAGAAAAACGUAUGGUUUAGGCAAAAGACUAUUAGGGAUAAUAGGAGAGGUCAUCCGGAGCCAAGAAGAUGUCAUGGUGCAGUUGAAAUCACGGUAAAUACGGGGCCUCAGGUUUUCAUAACCGGUGGACACGACGGUGAAAAUAUAUUUAACGAUUUGUGGAGGCUGGAUCUUAAGACGUACCAGUGGACGUUCUUUGAAAUUUGCCAGUUGCCUAGACCUACAUACUUCCACGCGACUGCAGUGUCACCGGAGGGCCGGCUGUACGUGUUUGGGGGGAAUUAUAGUAUUAACGAUGACGUGAGAAGGAGCAACACGAUCUAUUCGGCUUGGUUGUGUAUCCCUAAACUAAGUGAGAUUUGUUGGGAGGCUGUUUUAUACUACAGUCCGCAUAUAAAUAAGUGUGGUGUUGAUGACCUGAUUAAUAUAGGUCUCCCUAGACACUUCUUACAGAGGCUGAAUAACAGUGACUCUUGCAAAAUCAGUAACUGACAGUGCCUGUUAUUGAACAAUAACGUUAAGUUUUUAAUUUGCCUUUGGAUGUAUUUUAUUUAUCAUGUUUUAUAUAAAAUUAGUCAAUAUAUUGCUCUAUAUUAA